AUGGCAGAGCUUACUCAACCGCCGGCUCCGAAACGUCUCGGCCAGCUGCCCCAGUUAACGGAGCUCAAAGACCCAGAUGAUGAUUGGACGGGGAUCACUGAGGCGAGAGAUAGACGGAGACGGCAGAACCGCCUGAACCAGAGAGCUUAUCGUAAACGGAAGGCUCGGAAUGAGGAAUAUGCCAAUGUCACCCCGGAAGAAAUCCACACGAAUGGAAUUCUCAUGUUCACUAAUGCCAGAGACCGUGCUGUUGCAUAUGCAUUCAUGCAGCUGGUUCACAUGCAACAUAGUCUAAAGAAUCAUCGUCCGGCACUUCUACCUUCGCUCAUCCGUCUCAACGCCGUUAAUGCCGUGUCGAGCAAUGCCGUUCACAUCGGCAUCCCGCUGCAGGGAUUAUGCUGCGACGAUGUGAUAUCGCCCUGGAACGCGCUAGGUCCCUCGUCCGCAGACGGUACCUUGGUGAAAUCCUCAUGUCCCGAAUCGCUACGGCCAACGAAGCUACAAAUCGAGCUGGAGCACCAUCCUUGGGUCGAUUUACUGCCGUUUCCCCAAUUGAGAGAUAACAUGCUCAAAGGGUACACGAGUGGUGUAUUUGAUGAAGACGAGCUGUGUAUCGAUAUCUUGGGACUCAUAAGCAGCCAGGGUUUGGAUGAUGCUUAUCUGAUUGUUUGGGGAGAGGCGCAUGAAGGCAGUAGCUGGGAGGUCAGUGUGGGAUUUCUGAGGAAAUGGGGAUGGUUGUUGAAGGGUUGUCCGGAGCUGGUUGAAUCAACGAAUCGAUGGCGGCAACAAAGAGGAGAAGCAAAACUAAAUAUUCAGGUCUAA